AUGUUUUAUCUAUCGAUAAAGACUAAGGUUAAGUUCGAAGAUGAGCUUAAGCAAGAUCGCUCAAGAUUGCCGAAAAUGUGGUCAACGUCACCACGCGUUCAUCCAGUUUGGAUGCACCAACGAAAUCAGCUUCGCCACAGCCUACAUCUUCCGCACAGGCAACUAAUCGUUCCUUUAGACCGUUUACAGCUUGACAUUAUUGAUGGUCUGCCGAAAAAUAACUGCAUCACCAAGCUGACUCCGUUCAUUGACCAUCAGGGGGUCCUGAGAGUCGGUGGCCGCUUGAAAAACGCAUCGAUGGACCCAGAAGAAAAGCAUCCAGCGAUCUUGCCAAGACAAUCACCGCUUACAUCAAUCCUGAUUGAUGAUUCGCACCGCAAAACGCUUCACGGAGGUACUCAGCUUACGCUCGCUGACUUACGCAAGAGUGUCUGGAUUAUUGGAGGCCGUGUUCCAGUCAGAUCAUUCAUAUUACGCUGCGCUAUCUGCACUAGACACCGUGGAGAACGCGCUCAACAGUUGAUGGGUCAACUACCUGCCGCACGAGUACAGCCAACUCGAGCUUUCCUGCAUACAGGACUCGACUACGCUGGAUCUAUCACGCUGAAAACUUUUCAAGGACAUCGAGCAAAAACAUACAAAGGGGCAGAUAAAGAGCUAAGACGACUAUUCGCUGCAGGAUCUCGCACCCUUCGAGAAUUAUCAGUUUUAAUCGCUCAAGAUGGCACGAACUGGAAGUUCAAUCCGCCUGGAGCUCCACAUUUUGGAGGAAAAUGGGAAGCCACUGUAAAAUCUAUUGAGUUUCACCUUCGAAGAACAAUCGGAGACUCGCUGUUGACACUUGAGCAGUAUUCAACGCUCUUGGCUCAAAUUGAAGCCAUUUUUAAUUCCAGACCGCUCACACCGCUGAAUGAAGAUCCUGCUGACCUUGCAGUAAUGACACCAGGUCAUUUCUUAAUCGGACAGUCACUAACCGCAGUUCCAGAGCCAUCGCUGACAGAAGUACAACCCGCUCGGUUCUCGAAUUGGGAACAAGUCCAGCAAAUGGUUCAACAUUCCUGGAAACGCUAUUAUCAGGACUGCAUCCACCGCUACCGGGCCAUUUCCAAGUGGCAUCAUCAACGCAACGAGAUCAAAGUGGGUUCAGUUGUACUGAUCACCACUGAGGAUCUCCCGCCAACCAAGUGGCCAUUAGCCAGAGUCACCGCUCUCCAUCCAGGUGAAGAUGGACAAGUCCGCGUGGUAACUGUCAAGACAGUUAACACAGAGCUAGUACGUCCAAUUACAAAGCUCUGUGUCUUGCCGCUAACAUAUGAAGAAGACGAUCUUGUCGACGCAGCCGCCAACCCGGGGGAGAAUGUUCAGUGA